AUGCCGUGGUUUCAGGAUUGUGUAGGGACACUAGACGGGACGCACGUCUCCGCUUGGUGCACAGAAGAAAUACGAGAGAGGUAUAGAAAUCGGCAUGGCGACUUAUCUCAGAAUGUCCUUGCUGCCUGCGAUCAUGACAUGCGAUUUGUAUAUGUUCGGGUUGGUUGGGAGGGUAGUGCUCAUGAUGCCCGAAUUCUUCAAGAUACCUUGCUAGAUCCUGAUUCGGGUUUUCCUAUGCCACCGCAGGGGAAAUAUUAUGCGGUAGAUGCUGCUUAUAGAAAUAUGCCGGGUUUUAUGGCACCGUUUAGGGGAGCACAGGGUACGCAUCAUGAGCGGGCAGCUAAAUGCUUGUUCAACAGGUGGCAUGCAUCGGUUAGAAAUAUUAUUGAGCACACAUUUGGGGUUCUUAAGAAGCGAUUUCCAAUACUCAAGGGUCCAAUGCAGAACUACCUAAUAGCAACUCAUAAUAAUAUUGUGCUUGCGUGUUGUACUUUGCACAAUUUUAUGCGCACAUACUCCCCAGCGGAUGAGUACUUCAACGAAGAAGCAGCCCUCGGAGCCCUAGCUGAUGCACAUAUAGCAGGGGAGCAGCCGCAUCCGGGUCAACCCAUCGAUAUGUCGCAGCAGGGCAUAGAUAAUUGGAACGAAGAUCGGCGGGCGAUGGCGGCUCACAUGUAUUUGAAUGCGCAUAACUAG